CUGACUGAAUGGCAGGCCUGAGGUCAGGUCCUUAACACUCUCCCCUGUCUGGUAGCCCCUCAGUGCCCACACCUAGGAAUGCAGCUGAAGCACAGUGAGCUGGGGACUCGGGCUGAGGGUCUCCACCUAGGACAAAGGGACGACCUGGCUGCGUUGAGUUCAUAACCUGCAGGGCCCGUGACCUCUCUGGGAAGCACCUGUGACUGCAAACACUCAUCCUGACUCAUGUGUGUGGCCGCAACCCCAGAUCUGCCCUGAAAGGGAGAAGAAGUGGGUGACUGUGGGUGACACAUCCCUGCGAAUCUACAAGUGGGUCCCUGUGACAGAGCCAAAGGUUGACGAUGCAGCCCUGGGGCCUCACCAGCAUGGGAACGUGUAACUCAGGUUUUCCAUGGCUCACCUGGCAUCACUGUACCUGCUCUGGGCCUGUGACCGUGGCCUUUUCCCCAGAUGCUUUCCCUAAAGGAGGAGGAACCUCCCGCCAGCCAGGGUGUUUGCCUGCCUGCAGGUGCCGGCCCACAGACACGAAAAACAAGAACAAGAAAAAGGGCAAAGAUGAGAAGUGUGGCUCAGAGGUGACCACGCCGGAGAAUAGCUCCUCCCCAGGGAUGAUGGACAUGCAUGACGAUAACAGCAACCAGAGCUCCAUAGCCGAUGCCUCCCCCAUCAAACAGGAGAACAGCAGCAACUCAAGCCCUGCUCCAGAGCCCAACUCGUCCAUGCCAGGCGAUGGCGCCGACACCAAGGCCGACGAGGCCCAGGCCGAGGGAAAGGAGCUCCCUAGGGCUGAAGAUGCUUCUGACGAGCAGAAUUCACAGUCAUCACUGGAAAACUCGAUGAACAGUUCAGAGAAGGUCGAGCGGCAGCCAUCUGGAGACGCGGGUCUAGCUGCAGAGACGUCCUCAAUCUCUCAGGACUUGGAAGGAGGGCCGCCCUCUAAAAAGAUGAAACUGGAGGCUUCGCAACAAAACUCCGAAGAGAUGUAGACGCCAGGUCCAGCCUCCGGUCCACAUUUCACGGGAGAUCCAUCAGCAGGCUUAAUUCAACAACUUCCCCCGAGCGAGCCCUCGGGUUAGAACUACUAACUUUCCAAGUUUACCAAGUGCAAAUCCAAGAAAACCUAGAAUGGCGUGACUUCUCAGACACUGAAGAACUUUCUGCUGUGAAGCAAAACACUCGAAUCUUGAAGUGACUGUCCUUGUGGAGGCGGGUCGACAGCUCAGGAGUGUCUGCACACUGUCUCUGAAGCCAAGAUUACAUUUGCGUUGCUGCUGUAUUGUUUUUUCCCCCCGACUUCUCUAUUUAACGAUAUAAGCUAUUUGAGGGUGGUACCCAUCAGGAAUUUGCUUUUCGUCGGGGAUUUUCACUGUUCCACCGAUUCCUCCUGCUUUCUUUUUUUGUGCCUUGUGCCCUUGAGGUGACCUCUGGCAUGUUUUCCUGGUUGUUUUGCAUCUCCCUUUGCAAAGUGUCCUCUCGGCUUUAUUGAGGCGGCCAUUGCCCCGGCCCUCACAUCUCGCUCCUCCCUGCCCCAGGAUUUCAGUGGGAACAGAGCAGGCAGGGAGGAAAAGAGCCAGAGGCUGCAGAAGAGCAGAACCUCCUCGGAUGCCUGAUUUUCAGGUGUGGGGCGCUUGGGAACUCCCUGGGCCUUUGCUGGGGGGUGCAGCACCAGCCUCUAGGGUCCGAGGAGUCUCAGAUGUCAGGGCACUGUCCCUAAGCGCUGGCCACUCAAUAUGCUCUCACUUCCUCGGGGCAUCUGAGCCUGGUGUUUCCAAGCAGCCCAGACGGACAUACAGAGCCCUUAGAUUGUCCUGGCAUUUCCCCCCUUUGCUCCCCACCAAAUGGUUUUCUCCCACUCCUCCGAAGAUGAAAUGGCUUCUGUGGCUGACUGCAGGAUUGUCUCCUUAAGACGGUAGAACGGCUGAGGAGGCUGGGAGCAGAAGGCAGGAACAGCUGGUGCUGAACUGUCAUAGGACCGGACGUUGUUUGGAUUUCAAAUCCACAGUAACCUGUUGCCGUCUGCCUCCCCAGGCCCCCCGGCCCCACCCCCGGGGGACACAGGAUUGCAGUUCUGGGAAAAUCCACUGGCUUCUGCAGAAUGUUCCUGAUGCGCUGAGCCAAUUGCUGGAUCCCAUCUCAUUGCCGGGAUGCAACACUGUGGGGCCCCACCAGGGAGCGGCUUUUUGAUGAUUGGGCCUCAAAGGCCAGAAAGGAGGUACUAAGGAGUUGGAAACCUCUGCACUCCUCCAGGAAGGGGUGAUCGAAUCCCGCUUCCACCCCCGCCUGCCUGGGGCAACUUCCUCUCACCAAAAUGGAGAUGCCCCCUUGGACCAACUGCCUACUUGUUUGGUUCUGAGGCCUGGUUGCUUUUAGUUCCUAAAUGGACUCCUCAGACCGUAACCCGUUUCCCGAGCUUUCUUUACUGCACUGGAGUUCCAGCUCCCUUUGAGUUGUGUGGGGUGGGGUGGGGAGGGGUUGUGGGUUUCGUUGGUUGUUUUGGGGGAUUUGUUUUGUUUUGUUUGCUGGUUUUUGCUAAUUGGUGCAUAUUCAGGUACCACCUCUGACAUGUGGGUCUUUCUCCUGACCACCAUAGGAAGUGUCUGCCAGGUUCAAUUUCCUAAGAGUUUCUGAGGGUGAGGCUCUUGCUUUUUUUUUUUUUUUAAGCGAGCCAAUCUAGUUCCUGCACUUCAAGAAGAAUCAAAAUGUUCCUGAAUUUCAGAUACCUCAUGCAAAAAUGUCUCCUGAAAUAAGGGAAAAACAAACAAACAAACUUUGGAAAUCUUAAUGUUGAAGUUAGCCACGCCGAAAGGUUUCUGUCUUAAAAACAAAACAAAACAAAAUCCUAUCAAUUUUGCCCCUCAGGCAGGCAGGCAGGCAGUUCUUCAGGGAACUGGGCUCUGCAUUACCUCUCAGCAAAUCUCAAGGCGGCUUUACCUCCAGCUCCUAUAGAGUUAAUGUUUUCCUUUGCAGCAAAACUCCCAUUUUGACGAAAGAUGAAUUUGGAUGUUUAUUUCCUGCUCUUUUUGGGAAAUGAGAGGUGACAACCAAGACAGUUGAAGGAGAAUCUCACACCCCCCCCCACCCCCACCCCCCCACACACGCAUUCACGGAAACAGCAAGUCGGCCAGGGUCCCCUGCACCCCUUCUGUUUGCAGUGGCCUCUCUGGACAGGCAAGGGGAGUCUACACGGUUGAGGAUGAAGACACCAUGCACCACACCGAGGCUGUCAUUAGUUUUUCUCUGAAGUGCCUGAAGGUAGGAAUGGGCUGGUGGUCGGGACGACUGGGCCCCCCCGCCCCGCCACGGCCACGCCAGGCAAAGCUGGCCAGGAAGGCCUUCCACGCCGAACAAUGAGACUGCAAAAAUCCAGAUGUGCUUCCUUCCCACCCACCCUGCACCCCUUGCCCUCUCCCCGCCUCCCCCCCCCACAGAAUCUAAGACCUUCCAGCUGGCCGAGCCAGGGCGGGGGUCCUAAGCGAAUGCCUUCCGCGGACACCGGGCCCCAUGGCCUAAAGGGCUCCCAGGGCAAACUAAUUCCCCGAAAAACUUGAAGUUGGGGAAACUGCGGCUACACAUUCCAAAAGUGCUGGCACUUAACACCCAUAACCUGGAAGGCAGUUGACCGACUCAUAGGGUGGUGACCUCCCAUGACAAACGACGUCACGGUUUAGAAUGCUCAUUACCGCCAAGGACCUGGUUAGAGGUAUAAAGACCUUUUUUCACGUUAUCUAAUUUUUUUUUUUCCUCUUAAAUUUUUUUUUUUGGUGUGUUGUACAGCAGUAUAAUUUUUCACUUAUUUAUUCCAUCAGUAGAUAUGGUUUGUACAAUGUACAAUGGUUCCAUUUCAGAAAAUAAAAAAAAUUCAAAUCAUGAGCACCCUGUGAUUUUAUAGCAUUAUAAUAAAGAGGAAAAUGCGA